AUGAGCCCAGAGACCCCCCAAGAUCACGCCGAACAACAAGCACAAGACUGCACCAAUGCGCUUAAGAACGAGACUGGUCAAGCCACCAAAGUUCAAAACACGGCUCGUCACCGCCUGCCCGCUACUCUGGAAUGCGACGAGCGCAACCGGGACGAGGACCAACCAACUCAAGGGCGCACCGCGAACCGGCCGAUAAAUCGUAACAAUCAAAGCAGCAAGACAGACACACAAGGUUUGAGCGAGGAACGAGGCACAGAGCACCCAUCUCCGUCUCGCCGGGAAGACCCGAUGGAAGGUAGCGAAGCACAGCGAGCCCAGACAAAACCCUCCAAUAGAAACCCCGGAUUUGAUCCACCGACCGUCUUCGGUGCCAAGGAGACCCAGGCCGAAGUAUACAGUGUUGCCGGUUUGCAUGCUGACGAAAGAGCCCCAUAUGAGAACCGCGGAGCUGUCGAGGAGGCCGGUGAUGACCUCACCAUGCAGAUUACACACCUUUUGUUAAACUUAGCAUCUCUGCAGGCUGCAUGGGCUAUCCCAGCCCCAGAUCAUAGCCUGCAGAAGCUACUGCAAGUACCGGCUGGCCAUCCCGCCGAAUUGUUCGGUCAACAGCCUAUUUCGCGAGACCCGCCUUUCUCACCGGGACAUCGCGACCCAUAUGAUCACAAGGUUGACUCCGUUGGUGAAGAUCUACAGCCACUGCCGUUCCGAAAUGGAGAUGGUGCUACGGUGAUGGGACCGCGGAAUCGAGAUCGCGAACGCCAGAACCCCGAUCUUGUCCGUCCGCCGAGUACCGACCAUGGUAAUAUGCCUAAUAUGCGAUGGAGCUUUGCGGACUCACAUAUUCGGAUCGAGGAAGGCGGAUGGACCCGACAAACGACUAUCCGCGAGUUGCCUACAAGCCGUGAACUUGCGGGCGUGAACAUGCGUCUGGAUCGGGGGGUAAUUCGCGAGCUGCAUUGGCACACCGAAGCGGAAUGGGCAUAUGUUCUUGCUGGAAAAGUCCGAGUCACUGCGCUGGACUUGGAAGGUGCUACUUUUAUGGACGACUUGGAGGCAGGAGACCUAUGGUAUUUCCCCGCUGGACAUCCACAUUCGCUCCAAGGUCUGGGUGAAAACGGCACAGAGUUCCUUCUGAUAUUUGAUGAUGGCAACUUCUCCGAAGAGUCGACCUUCGUUUUGACUGAUUGGUUGGCUCACACUCCCAAAGCAGUUCUAGCAGAGAACUUCCGCAUGUCUCCAAAACAAUUCGACAACAUCCCAACAUCCGAGAAGUACAUAUUCCAAGGCUCAACACCGGGAAGCAUUGACCAAGAAAAACCACGCACCUUCAAGAAGUCGAAGAUCAAUUUCACACAUCGUAUGCACGCCCAAGAACCACUGGAAACCAGCGGUGGUCGCGUGCGUAUCACCGACUCCACGAACUUCCCGAUUUCCAAAACAGUAGCAGCCGCCCAUUUAGAGAUUGCACCGGGCGCACUACGGGAGAUGCACUGGCACCCCAACGCCGACGAGUGGACAUAUUUCAAGAAAGGCCGCGCGAGAGUUACGAUCUUUGCCGCCGAAGGAAACGCUAGAACAUUUAACUAUAUGGCCGGUGAUGUCGGGAUCGUGCCUCAAAAUAUGGGACAUUUCGUUGAGAACUUGAGUGAUGAUGAACCGCUAGAGGUUUUAGAAAUCUUCCGCGCGGAUCGAUUCCGGGAUUUCUCUCUGUUUCAAUGGCUUGGUAGCUCACCUCAGCGAAUGAUUGCUGAGAACGUAUUCCCCGGCGACGCUAAGGCUGCAGCGGAAUUUUUGAAAAAGAUCGAAGAUGCCGAGAAAGAUCCUAUUAGGGAUACAAAGUCAUUACCAUUUACAUAG